GUAGGUAGGGAGGGGGAUGAUUUACCCUGAGUGACCAUAUCACCACCCUUCUACCCCACGACCUCAUCCCUGCUAUAAAGCUCAUCACCUGCUGGGAGCUACUAGUCUACAGUAGUUCCUCGCCGUGUCAACACUAUACCAACAGCUGACCACUACUACCAUCACGACCACAUCCACCACCAUCGUCAAUACCACCAUCACAAAGUCUACUCCGGUCUAAGAAGGAGUGUUGUGAUGAUGGGCCAGCAGCAACCGCAGAAGUCAGCAGCACUGGUGUGGGUAGCUGUUAACCUCCUCCUGCUAGUGGCCGCACAGCAACCCGAACUAGAGUCUCAAGACCGCCAUCACUGGUGGGACUUGGCCCAGAACGAGCUGGAGGCCGCCCUUAACGUCCGCGACAACGUCAAUAUAGCCAAGAACGUCAUCCUGUUCCUGGGCGACGGUAUGGGCAUUACUGCCAACACUGCCGGCAGGAUAUACAAGGGCCAGAAGAAGGGGAUGAACGGCGAAGAAGGUUACCUCACCUGGGAGAGGUUCCCUAACGCAGCUCUUCUUAAGACUUAUAACGUGGACAAACAGGUGCCAGACAGCGCUGCUACCGCCACCGCCUUCUUAUGCGGCGUUAAGAGCAACUACUACACUUUAGGGGUCGAUUCUGCGGUGAAGUAUAAGGACUGCAACGCCAGUCUCAACACCGCCCACCACCUCUCCUCUAUCCUGCAGUGGGCGCAGGAGCAAGGCAUGGAUACAGGCUUGGUGACCACAACGAGAAUCACUCAUGCUACUCCAGCUGCACUCUACGCCCACACCGCCAACCGUAUCUGGGAAUGUGACGGCAACCUGAAGGAGGAGGGUGCCGGCUGUAAGGAUAUUGCCGAUCAACUUAUCACUGAAAAUCCCGGCAAGAACAUUAAGGUGAUCAUGGGAGGAGGAAGGCGCACACUUGGGGCAGGUCUCGACCCCAACCCUGACAACAAAAUCUGCACUCGCCAGGACGGUCGAGACCUCACCCAGGAAUGGCUGAAAGACAAAUACCAUCGAGGACACACUGCCACUUACGCCACUACUGCCGAGGAGAUGAGGGAAGUCGAAAAAACUGAUUUCUUCCUGGGUUUGUUCUCAGAUUCUCACCUGCCAUUCAUGGUGGAGAGAGAGAGUAAUACCUCAGUCCCCACGCUGAAGGAGAUGACUCUGAAGGCUAUCGAUCUACUGAAGAAUCCUGAAGGUUUCUUCCUAUUGGUCGAGGGUGGGCGUAUAGAUCAUGGACUUCACGGGAACUCUCCUUACCGGUUCCUGGAGGAGAUACUCGCCAUGGACGAUGCCGUGGCUGCUGCCCUGGAGGAAGUUAACCUUGAGGACACACUGGUGUUGGUCACGGCAGAUCACUCCCACGUCCUCACCAUCAAUGGCUAUCCGGACCGUGGCAACGAUAUUCUAGGAGUGACGGGGUAUCCCUCAAAGGAAGAUGGCCUUAAUUACACGACCCUCUUGUUCACCAGCGGCCCGGGCUUCAACUACUCCAUCAAAAACCAGACCGUAACUCGGCUAGACCCUAAUGAUCAUGACACGAGGGACCUUGACUACAAGAGCUUGGCGGCGGUGCCCAGGAAGUCUGAGACACAUGGCGGGGAGGAUGUCGCCAUUUGGGCUGCAGGUCCGAUGGCUCACCUGCUGCACCGGACACACGAGCAGCACUACGUCGCCCACGUCAUGGCCCACGCUGCAGCGGUCGGGCCAAGCGCACACAAGCGCCUGAGAAAGGGUUAUCCCGCCCAGCACGAAGCCUCCCAAGCUUCUUUCUUCUCUGUGCCACCCAGGGCGGCUUAUCCUCAAGGAACUUCCAUCACAGGAGCAUCUAAGACGCAAAUAUACCCGUCAAUCAAUCCGGGGCUGCAGCAGGUGAUCGCUGCCAGAGAACAGCAGAUCCUGAAGGAGCUCGGCCUGAUGCCUGUCCACCGCUCGGAAGAAAUCAUAUAUGAAGACUAUGAAUAUUGAUGACUGAACACAAUUUAUGGAUUAUAUGACGAACUUUUAUAUUAACAAUGUCUCGUGAUACAUAUUUAUUUGGAUGUAUUUUUUGUUGUGGUUAGGUUAGGUUGUGGGCAGCAAAUCGGAGAGCAAGACAUUAAUACAAAUCACCAUAUCAAAUGUUUAAUAAGGGGCCCGGACAAAAGCCCCCUAGGACAAGAGCCCCUCAGUAAAACUGCAAAAUAGGACAGAAGCCCCCUGUUUUUAUGUUAAAGAGAGGUUCAUUAGAAAUAUAAACAAAAAUAUAGAUUUAAA